ACGAUAGGAACGCCUGGUGGUAGAGGAUUUUCAAUAAGUUAGAAAAUUAAAAAUAGCGGAAUAGUGAAAAGUAGAUGAAAAAUGUUGCUUGAGAUUUGCGUCGAUUCGGUCCAAUCUGCAAUAAAUGCUGAGAAAGGAGGAGCUAGUCGAGUUGAACUGUGUGCAAAUCUUAUGGAGGGAGGUACCACUCCUAGCCUUGGGAUGCUUAAAAUAAUAAAGAAACUAGUAUCUGUCCCUGUUUUCGUGAUAAUCAGACCAAGAGGAGGGGACUUCGUGUAUAGUGAAUCUGAGUUUUGGGUGAUGAAAGAGGAUCUGAAAUGUUUGAAGAGUGAGGGAGCUGAUGGUAUAGUCUUGGGUAUACUUGAAGCAAAUGGGGAAAUAGAUAGAGAAAGGUGUCAAGAACUGAUUGAUAUCUCAAGACCUCUUCCAGUCACAUUUCACAGAGCAUUUGACAUGGUUAGAGAUCCUGUCCUCUCUCUGGAUAUACUUGUUUCCAUGGGCGUUGAGAGGAUUCUAACAAGUGGCCUGGACUCCACAGCACUUGAGGGUCUGCCAAUAAUAAAAAUACUUGUUGAACAUGCAAACAAAAGGAUUAUUAUUAUGCCAGGUGGUGGAAUAACUGAGAGAAACUUAGAGCGUAUAGUGCAAGGCUCUGGAGCCGUGGAGUUCCACUGUUCUGCAAGGGAAUCGGUUGAUUCACCAGUACAGAAAGAGUGCAGAAGAAGUAAUGUGUUUAUGGGCGGGGCCUUAAGACCGCCCGAGUUUCUUCACAAGUAUACCGGGGAAAAUAUGGUGAAAAGACUUUGCGCAAUUGUAUCGCAAUCACGGUAAUCAUAGGAUGAGACAGGCAAUGAAGUGCUACAGUCAUGCUCGCAAAUCCAGUGUUCAGACAAGGUGAAUAGACGAGAAUCUUUAUUGAA